AAAUCACCAAAGCCCUAGCUUCCCGCGGGCCAAGCCGUUGGUGCUUUUCUAGUCUGGGCUUGGCCCGAAUAUUAAAUGGCGCGCUUUUCCGUAAAACUACACCGUUCCUCUUUACCAUCUCUUCUUCUUCCACAUCUCGUUCGGUUACCUCGAAUUUCCUCGGUAGAUCAUGAAAACCUAAUCAAGAUCUACAAGGUCCAAAAUUUGCAUCCAGAGCGCUCGCUCUCUCUCUCUCUCUCUCUCUCUCUCUCUCUCUCUCUCUCUCAGAAUAGUACCGUAAAAAUCCAAUCUUUUUGGGAAUUGGAUUGGAUCUGGAGAAAUGGGCAUCAGCAAAACAGAAAUAAACUUAAGGAGACUGCUUGCGGCGGCACCUCAUCAACAAAAUCAAGCAAAGCUUCUUCAUUAUGUUGCUACUCUAAGGGAACAAUUGGAAGAACUAGCUGAAGAGAAAACCUCAGAUGGAUUACCAAGGAUAUCAAAAGCGCAGGUGAAUGAUUAUUCGGAGAAGAUAGAAGCCAUUGCUUCCAAGUUGGCUGUCCCCGUGUCAACCAUGCAAGAAUCUGAGAAACCUUCUGAUAUAACUCCUGUAGGAGAAAGCCCUUCUAAGACCGAAGGAGAAAGUCCAAUUCUUACUUCCCCAAAAUUGAGGAGAAGAUUUAUGCCCCAAUCAAACGUUGAAGAUAGACCUCAUAAUCAUGCUGAUACUAAUAACUCGGCUCCUGUCAAAUUGGAUGCAGCAGCACAGACUCAUAUUCAAAAGCACAGAAAGCUUCAAGAGGACUUGACAGAUGAAAUGGUCGGGUUGGCACAGCAGCUUAAAGAGAGUAGUCUCGUCAUGAGUCAAUCCAUCAAAAACACUGAGAAAAUUCUUGAUUCGACAGAGGAGGCCGUUGAACAUAGCUUGGCUAGCACUGGUCGUGUCAAUACACGAGCGAUGGAUAUAAACUCGAAGACAUUCAAGACUACGUGCUUUACAUGGCUUGUGAUGUUUGUAAUGACAUGUAUCUUCAUCAUGGUUGUACUUCUUAUUCGUGUCACCUAGAUACUAUUGUUGUAAGAAACAUAGAGUUACGCUUAUGAUUGUGUCUGUAAGGGUAAUCUUCGUGGUUCUGUAAGUUUACCAAAUCAAAAUGAAGCCAGUUUAUAUGUAUGAUUUGGAUUGUUGGGCCA